AUGCGUUUUCUCUGCCUCCACGGUAUCGGCACCGGAAACGCCAUUCUGGAAGCCCAGUUAUACAUGGUCAAACGUCAGCUGCCAGGCCACGAGUUCGUCUAUUUCCAGGGGGAGCUGGAAACUGCCCCCGCACCAGGGGUCGAGAUAUUCUUUCCGGGGCCGUACUACUCCUACUUCACCGUUCCCUCGCCGAGUGCCGUGCUCGAAGUGAUCAACCGCCUGGAGCAAUAUAUCGACCUGCAUGGCCCCUUUGAUGGCAUCAUAGGCUUCUCCCAAGGGGCCGCCCUGGCGGCGUCCUAUCUUCUUCACGAUGCCAGUCGGCCAUGUCCGCACAACGAAUUCAGAUGUGCGGUGUUCUUCUGUGCCAUUCAAUGCUGGGAUCUCGACAGCCCUGGGUUUACCCUAGAUCAGGAGGGACACUGUCGUUCAAUUGCCGGGGAAGGGAGUCCACCCAAGCUUCUCUGGAAGACGGACGAGAUUAGGGGCGUUUUUGGCGCCGCUGAUCAUCCCCUGCUUUGUCGGGAAUGGAAUGCAGCCACACCGCUACUGUGGCCGUAUGGGAGGGCUCCCAUGCGUCUGGGUCCGCUGGCCCAGAUCUCCAUCCCAUCGCUGCAUAUCGUUGGCGCUAAAGACCCCUAUCGGGCCGACUCGCUUGCAUUGCAAACGCACUGCAUGACAAGUCAGGCUCAAAUGGUGGAGACCGCGGCCGGACAUGAAAUUCCUCGUGAUCCUGCUUUGGCACGCAAGGUUGCUCAGUUCCUCUACAAAGCCCCCAGUCUGGCAUGA